UACGAUCCACACCCAUGCAACCACAAGUUUGUUAACACAUUUACAUUUUCUAUUGUGGUCGUUAAUUUGGAGCAUCGCACUCAAAAAAAUUACUAAGGGAUAAACUCUUAGUUCAUUCAAUUUGUGGUUUUAUGAGUCCGAUUAUACUUCAGUGCAAUAUAGCCAAAAUUAUUCUAAUUGUUUAAAUACAUUUAUCAUUUUUCUAUAAAUAUAACAUUUUAUGCAGACGACAAAGUUGUUGCUUGAGCAAAUAAAAGGUCAAGUGAAAACGAAGAACAUACAACCGAGAGACAGUCCCGUAAACAUGAUAAACAAAUGCGGGUGCACCGCUUUGGAUAUUAUGAAGGAAUUCAAAUCUUCCGACGACAAAGAUUUUAAAGAUGUCAAGAAGAAGUUUAGAGAAGCUGAUGCCUUGAAAGCCGAAAAAGUCAAUCAGAUUGAAGGGCUAUACAAGAGGCAUGCUACGUUGAUGGUGGUGGCGUCGCUUAUCGCAACCGUGGCUUUCCAAGCCGGGGUGACCCCUCCUGGUGGUGUCUGGCAAGACAAUGCACCCAACAAUUCAACAAACACCACCCAUACAGCUGGAGAAGCUGUGCUGGCUUAUAACUACCCAGAUAUGUAUACACAGUUCUUUCAUGCCAACACAAUAGGACUUGUGUCAUCACUAAGCAUAAUUUUGUUUCUAUUGACUGGAUUGCCCUUCAAGAAAAAGUUGUUUACGCGGAUUAUGGUGCUGGUCAUGUGCCUCACAGUUACAUCCAUGGCACUUGCAUACGCUUUUUCAAUCUACGCGAUCACCCCGGGAGAGACAUUGGGAAUUGUCAGCCGUUCCAUUUCUAUAGGGGUAGUAGUUUGGUGCGGGGUGAUCUGUGUUAUUGUGGUAAUCCACACCAUUCCCUUGCUGAACAGGUGGUUGAAGGUCAUCUGGGAUAUAAUACGGCCACUGAUGGAGAAGUUCAUGAAAUUCAUCUCAGCGUGGUUGAAGGACAGCUGGGAUAUAAUACGGCCACUGAUGGAGAAGUUCAUGAAAUUCAUCUCACCUUCAAGUAACCAACGCCUACCAACUUCAUCUAAUGGGAAUGAACCCCAACCCCCUGCAGCUUAAUGGGAACGGGAACACAGUUUGAUCUAUAAUUAGCCUUAUCCGUGAGUUUGACUUAGUGAAAGGAAGAUGGCAUAAUUGAUGGACUGAGCAGGAGAUCUCUUAUAGAAUGUGUUAAAUGUACUAUUGCCUUCUAGUUCCUUUUUAUGGAAAUUGAAUAAUUUCUUCCAAGUCGAAUCACGUUAUAUUUGUUGCUCUAUUGUUCAGGAACUUGGUGUUUGGCUGUAGGAGCAUCUCCAAUGGAGCACUAAAUUAGUAUCUAGCGCUAAUUUGGUGU